AUGCUUAUAACAUGUGACUUCAAGAGCAUUACAUAUUUUUGCAAGGUGGGAAGUGAUGGUUCGAAGAAUAGCAGCAGAGGAGCUGACGGCAAGGUGCACAAGUGUCCCUACUGCACAUAUUCCACAGAUAGGAAAGAUCACAUGACAAAACAUAUUCGUACUCAUACAGGAGAGAAACCAUUUACCUGUCAAGACUGUCCCUAUAGUGCAACCACAAAAGACAAAUUGAUACAGCAUCUGCGAACUCAUACCGGAGAAAGGCCAUUUACUUGUCCCUAUUGUUCAUAUUGUGCAACUAAAAAGGACAAAUUGCAUCAGCACAUACGUAUCCACACUGGAGAGAAACCCUUCUCUUGUCCAUAUUGCCCAUUCAGAUCAUCCACCAAAAAUACCAUGAAUAAUCAUAUCAGAAUCCACACUGGGGAAAAACCAUAUUCAUGCACACAGUGCCCAUAUCGAGCUUCACAAAGAAUUGGUGGCUUCACAUUUUUAAAAAUCCAGCUAUUAGAUUUUGUAUUAGAGUCACUUAGUGUGGAGCUAAACAGAGAUGUUGGUUCGAGGAGCUACGUGAGAGGAGCCCUCGACAAGGUUCACCAAUGUCCCUACUGCAAUUAUUCUUCAUCUCUGAAGUGCAACAUGACUGAGCACUUGUUCACUCAUACCAGAGAGAACUCACUAUCAGUUUACAACAGUCACUCCCAAAGCCUUGCAGCAAAGAACCAGCUCUUGUACAAAAGCCUAAAUCAUGUAGGAGGCUCCUACUCAUGCUCCUUAUGUCCAUACCGUGCAUCUCGGAGUUAUGCCUUAAAGUAUCACAUGUUGAAGCAUCAAAACUUCACUUGA